UCUGCCAAUGUUGUCGCUGCAAGCUGCAAUGCCACUGCCACUUGCUAAUUUAUGCAGUUGCUAUCUAGUAUCUUGUGCUGUAAUAACCUCAGAAUAGUCGGAAUCGUGCUUGGAAUUGAAAGUAUAUAUAAAUGAGUAUCAAGGAAGUCCGACAAGCAUGAAGAAGCAUAUUUGACAUAUCUUAUCAGAACUUAACGCGAUAAUUGCUUUAGUUCAUAUUUGUAACGUUAAUUUAGUUUGAAAUAUACACUAAAAACAGUGUUAAAUGUGAGAAUUACCGGAAAUUCCAAUAUUAAUCUGCAAUAAUUAUAAAAGGUUGGGUAAAUUAACAUAAAUAUAUUCCCAUCAAAAUUUGAUAAAAAAAAUGACUACUGAAGAAAAAUUUAACGCUGCUGUUAAUGUGAUCAGAAAUUUGCCAAAAAAUGGAAGUUAUCAGCCAAGUAAUGAAUUGAUGUUAAAGUUUUAUAGUUAUUUUAAACAAGCAACUGAAGGUCCAUGCAAAUCUCCCAAACCAGGUUUUUGGGAUGUUGUUAGUAGAGCAAAGUGGUCAGCAUGGAAUAGUUUAGGUAAUAUGAGCAAAGAAGAAGCUAUGAAUAAUUAUGUUGAAGAAUUGAAAAAGAUUGUUGAAACUAUGUCAUACACAGAAAAUGUUGCUACGUUUCUGAGUAGUCUUAAUUCAUUUUAUGAAACUGUUCCUGCAGAAGAUUUAGAAUUAGUAUGUGGAUCAGUUUUAGAACGUAUUCGUUCACAACAAAAUCUUGAAUCAGAUUCAUCUAAAAAGAUAACUGAAACCUGUUCAAAUGAGAAUAAUAAACUUUUUUACAAUGUCAAUAAUUCUGUAUCAACUUCAGGAAAUGGAACUGCAUUAUAUUCACAAGAAAAUGAAACAGAUGAAGAAUUUGCUGAUACUAUUGAGUUUACAACAUCUAAUUUCCAGAAACAGUUUGUAGAACCAUCUACUUGUGAAAAUUCACCUUAUCUUUAUAGUACAUCUGAAAACAGUGAUAAGAUAGUUUCAGAUAUGAAUGGCAUGCCAAUAAAUAUAGAACUUCAAUCAAAAAUAAAUAGAGAUCAAAUUAUUUAUAAUGCAUUGAAUAAUACUGAUUCUGAAUUUUCUCAUGCCAUUUUAGUGUCUCUCAAAUCUCUUCAAAAUGAUUUGGACAAAAUAAUUGUUAGACUGAAUUGUAUAGAAAAACAAAUACAUUCUUCAAUACAACUUCACUCAAAUUUUAUAAAAAAACAGAGUAAAAACAACCGAUGGUUUUUUGACAAAAAUACUUUAAUGUUAAUGUCUAUAGCUGUAUUAUGGCCAUUUUUAGCACAGUUUUUUAUUUUUUUAUUAAAACGUCGACAACGGUGCAAAUCAUGAAUUAAUUUAUACUAAAUUUAAUGUUUUUAUUGGGCUGAUGUAAACUUGGGAGUUAUGGGAAUUGUUUUGCAUUCAUGUAAAUUUUGUAUCUAUAAUUUAUAACAAGACAUCGUAUACAUAAGCUAUUGGGUGCAAUUGUAAAUAAAAAAA